UGGACUGAAAAACAACCCCAUUUCCAGCAUUCCCUGGAUGGAUCUUGGAAUAUGUCGAAUCUUGUAGCGAUUCGUGAUGCCGGAGUAUUCGUCGACGGUAAUGAUAGCUUAAACUCUCCGGCAAAGCAGAAAGCUGCCAACAGAGGUGCCUAUGGGAAUUGCUCAACGAUUUCCCUUCGCCGAGCUAUACACAUUCUUGGUGCCGCCAAAACGAAGCUCUUUUUGGGCUUCUGCGCUCUCUCUGUGGUCGUCUUUGUAACUUCUAGGCUUAGUUCUUGGAUGGGUUGGAACCCUCAUGACCCUUCAUCAGUUUCUUCUCCGUCAAGGGGUGGAUAUACUGUCCUUAUGAACACUUGGAAGCAAAAUUCUUUUCUCAAGGAAGCUGUUGCUCACUAUGCAUCUUGUCUUGGAACUGAUGCAAUAAAUGUAGUGUGGAGUGAAAGCCAACCACCAUCUGAACAUUUGAAAACCCAUCUUAAGAAAAUCGUGGUUUCAAAGUCACGGAGACCUGAUGUGCCAAACUUUAGAUUUGACGUAAAUGGAGAUGAUAAUUUUAGCAGGUUCAUGCCUAUAGAUGGUCUCCAAACGGAUGCAAUUUUCUCUGUUGAUGAUGAUGUAAUCGUUCCGUGUUCAACACUAGAUUUUGCUUUUGCUGUAUGGCAAAGUGCUCCAUUCACAAUGGUUGGGUUUGUUCCUCGAAUGCACUGGCUGGAUAAGGAGCAAAAUAAUGUUGCAUAUUACAGAUAUGGAGGGUGGUGGUCGGUUUGGAGGAUGGGCGCUUAUAGCAUGGUUCUCUCGAAAGCUGCAUUCAUUCACAGGAAAUACUUGGAUUUAUAUGAUCACAUGAUGCCACUUCCAAUUCGAGACUAUAUUUCUCGGCAUAGAAACUGUGAAGACAUUGGAAUGUCCUUUCUUGUUGCUAAUGCUACGGGUGCUCCUCCAAUUUGGGUUAAAGGCAAAAUCUAUGAGAAGGGGGCAUCUAGCAUAAGCAAUCUGAAAGGGCAUAGCGACAGCAGAGACAGAUGUCUGAAUAACUUAAUAGCACUUUACGGGACCUUGCCACUUGUGCCAACUCACUUCAAAGCUGUUAGUGCCAAGAAUGAAUGGUUAUGGUAGUUUCGGUUUCCUCCCCCUAGUUCAGCCCCUGAUUCAUCCCGGUUUCCCCCAUGGAGAAAAGCGGACAGACCAGGCUCACCGAUGGAGGUUUCCGGGCAUAUCAUUGCAUGCAUUAAUGUAUAAUUGUAUAAUUGUAUACGAUAGGCAUGAUCGUUAGUUGUGUUGGUCCUAUCUUGAUGUCCUUCAUAGGGUUUCAUGAUAUGAAUUUUUACUCGGAUAUCUAUGA